AUGUUCAACUACACGGAUUCGCCGACGCAUCCUCGCACGCCUACGGUGCGCACGAGCUGCUGGACAGAUUCAGAAAUUGUGCUACACUGUCUUUCAGCUCCCCCGCGACGGUGGAACACCUACGUCUGCAACCGAUCUUCUGAGAUAUUGAGCGACUUUCCCCGUAGCUGCUGGAACCAUGUUCGCACGGAAGACAAUCCUGCUGAUUGUGCUUCCCGAGAACUUCAUCCGUCAAAGCUUCUGGAGCAUCGACUGUGGUGGAAAGGUCCGUCCUGGCUGGCCACACCCACCUCUGAGUGGCCACCUUCUACAAGCAAGUUCAGCGUAUCUUCAAGUUUCGAUGUCAACACCGAAGAACGAGCCAUAAAGCCCACGACUCAACAUAACUUUCCUGAUGAAAGUAUACACGAGUUACUCAUCCACAAAUUCUCAACCCGGACGCGUCUUAUAAGCUACUGUCAUCGCUUUAUUCACACUCUUCGAUCUCAUCAUAGGAAUUCGGCACCAUUCCUUACGUCUGAAGAGUUGCUGGACGCACAGCGCCGACUUAUUCGACAUGUGCAACAAAAAUCCUUUGCCAGAGAAUAUGCGGAGCUAGAGAAUCGACGCCAGCUUAACGCUAAAUCGCAUCUUAUCCGGUUUUCUCCGUUUCUGGAUGAUUAUGGAGUAAUGCGAGUCGGUGGAAGAAUCGAGCAAUCUAAACUCAACUACAACGCCAAGCAUCCGAUUCUGAUACCUAAAAAUACACCACUAGCUGGACUGCUGGUUCGACAUUUUCAUGUCUCCUAUCUGCACACUGGAGUUGAUGCAACGUUCACCAAUCUUCGUCAGCAGUACUGGAUUUUGGGAGCCCGCAAUCUCGUCAGAAAGGCAGUCUUCCAAUGCAAAUCCUAUUUUCUUCAACGAAAGGGCACAAGCAACCAGAUCAAGGGAGAACUACCAAUUCCUCGAGUUCAAGCUAGCCGCUGCUUUCAACACACCGGGCUGGACUACGCUGGACCGAUCGCAAUCAAGGAAUCAAAAGGAAGAACUCCACGCAUCGGAAAGGCAUGGUUUUCUAUUUUCGUGUGCCUCACUACAAAGGCACUUCACAUCGAGGUUGUUAGUGAGCUAACUACACAGGCUUUCAUCGCAGCCUUUCAACGAUUCAUUGCCCGCCGAGCGAAGCCUACUGACCUGUAUUCGGACAACGGAACUACAUUUCAUGGAGGCAAGCAAACUUUGGAUGACAUGAGACGUCUGGUCAUUCAACAAGCCAAAGAUGAGGAACUAGCAGGAUUCUUUGCCAAUGAAGGGAUUUCUUGGCACUUUAUACCCCCGUCUGCUCCCCAUUUUGGAAGGAUCUAUCCUGAAUUCACGCCCGCUGUGCCCAACUGGGGAUAA